AUGGACCCUCCUUUAUUUGAUGGGAGAGGCGAUCCAACUCUGGCAGAGGAUUGGAUUCAGGACAUUGAGGAGAUUUUGCGAGUCCUAACCUGUAUUGAGGAGCAAAAAGUGGCGUACGCCACAUUCAAGCUUACUGGGGAAGCGAAGAGGUGGUGGAUCUCUGAAAGAUCUAUCAGGGAAGUAGAGGGGACAGAGAUAGUCAGUUGGCUGCACUUCAAGCAGAUUUUUCUUGAGCGCUUUUUCCCUAGCUCAUUCCGUGAGGACAAGGCUAUGGAAUUUGCCACCUUGGUUCAGGGAACAAUGACGGUUCAUCAGUAUGCUACUAGGUUUACUGAGUUAUCCUGUUUUGCUACUUAUCUGAUUCCCGAUGAGGAAAAGAAGGCACGCAAAUUUGAGCAAGGACUGAAUGAGAAACUGUAUGAGCGUGUGGUGGGUUUCCAGAUUCGGAACUUCUCAGAAUUGAAUGCUAAUUACACAUUUCAACAUGGCAUGGAAGGCGAGUUGUCUCUCAGCAAUACCUCCGUUACAAGCAGAUUUCUGGGUACGGAGGAUAAUAGACCCUUAGUUGGGCAAACUGAAUCGCCAGCUACAUCUUCAGAUGUUGAAUAA